AUGGAGGGAAACUUAAGUACAGUGACUGAGUUUAUCUUUCUGGCCUUCUUGUACCUCCAGCAUCUGCAGCUUCUUCUCUUUGUCCUGGUCUCACUCAUCUACUUCAUCAUCCUGAUAGGAAAUAGCCUCAUCGUUGCUGUCACAUCCAACCUCCUGUCAGAGUGUCAGACCAUCUCCUUCCUUGGCUGUGCAACCCAGAUGUAUUUCUUCCUCCUCUUUGGCAACUCGGAGUGCUGCCUGCUGGCUCUAAUGUCCUAUGACCGAUAUGUUGCCAUAUGCAACCCCAUGCGUUACUCGCUCAUCAUGAGCAGAAAAGUCACCAUUAGACUGGCAUCUGUGGUGUGGAUUGCAGGCAAUGUGGUGGCAUUUGAACAAACGGUCACUAUGUUCAUGUUAUCCUUCUAUGGGUCAAAUAAAAUCGAGCACUUUUUUUGCGAUGUUAUUCCAGUACUUAAGCUGGCAAGUACAGACACGUCCCUGAAUGAUGUUAUCAACACUGUGCUCACUGUAGUAUUCAUAAUAUUCCCCUUUGUCCUGAUCAUCACCUCCUACAUCUGCAUCUUCUCCACCAUCCUGAAGAUGCGCUCAGCUGAGGGGAGACACAAAGCUUUCUCCACGUGCUCCUCACACCUGAUCACAGUCACCUUGUUCUUUGGCAGUGGCUUUAUCACCUACAUGAGGCCCAGUUCCAGUGGUUGUAUGGACACCAACCGAGCAAUCUCCUUGUUCUAUACGGUCAUUACUCCAAUGUUCAACCCAAUCAUAUACAGUCUGAGGAACAAAGAAGUCAAGGAGGCUCUGAGAAAAAUCUUGGGCAGCAGUAGGACUUCUUAG